AUGGGUGAUUUGAAGCCAUCAACGUUGGGAUCUAAGGAAUAUUGGGAUGAUCAUUACGAUAUUGAACUAAAGAAUUUUGAACAGUUCGAAGAUGAGGGUGACAUUUGGUUUGGUGUGUCUAGUGAAGAACGUAUUAUCAAAUAUCUCGCCCGUGUUGAAACCCCCAAAGAUGCUCGAAUUUUAGAUUUGGGUUGCGGAAAUGGUCACUUCUGCCUUGAAUUGACUAAACGAGGAUAUUCUUCCGUAACCGGAAUUGAUUACUCUGAGAACGCCAUUAAUCUCUCUUAUAAACUUACUGAAAAGCAUAAUCUUCGCAGUAAUUUAAACUUUGAAUGUGUGGAUAUCUUAUCCACUGAAUCAAUCAAUGCCUUUUCUCCUUCAUCUGAUGAUGCAUUUGACGUAGCGAUUGACAAAGGAACUUUUGAUGCAAUCACUUUGAUUCCGGAUGCUUCAGACCCCACAAAAAUUUCUGAGAAAUCUCGAGACAUUUAUAUGCAAAAUACUUAUCGCCUUUUGCGUCCGGAUGCGACUUUUAUUAUUACAUCGUGUAAUUGGACUGCUGAUGAGUUGCGUCAAGAAUUCACACGACCUCAAACGAUAAAUAAGGCUGUGAGAAAGGUUUUCGAGUUUGUCUGCGAAAUCCCACCAAUUAGCACCUUUUCUUUUGGCGGUAGAACUGGUGCCAGUACCGUCUGUCUGGUGUUUAAACGGCUUGAGUUAACAUCUGAUGAACAAUUACUAACUACUCCUUAA